AUGAGCGCCCGGGCCACCUCGUACCGCCGCGCCUUCGGGCCGCCGCCGCUGCUCUCGCCGGGCUCCGGCUCCUACUCCUCCGCCUCCGCCUCGUCCCGCCUGUCCGCCGCGCGCCUGCUGGGCUCGCCGGGCCCGGGGCGCUCCGCGCAGUGGGUGCGCGGCUCGCUGCGCGCCGCGCAACCGGCCCGCCUGGCCCCGGGCGCCGAGCGGCUGGACUGGGCGCUGGCCGAGGCGCUGAACCGCGAGUUCCUGGCCACCCGCGGCAACGAGAAGGCGGAGCUGCAGGAGCUCAACGACCGCUUCGCCAGCUUCAUCGAGAAGGUGCGCGCCCUGGAGACGCACAACGCGGCACUGCGCGCCCAGCUGGGCCAGGCGCAGGCCCGCGAACCCGCGCGCGCCGCCGACCUGUGCCAGGACGAGCUGCGGGACCUGCGGCGCCAGCUGGAGCUGCUGGGCCAGGAGCGCGACCGCGCGCAGCUGGAGCGGGACAACCUGGCCGAGGACCUGGCCGCGCUCAAGCAGAGGCUGGAGGAGGAGAUACACAGGCGUGAGGAUGCAGAGAACAACCUGGUGCUGUUCCGGAAGGAUGUGGACGACGCCACCCUCUCACGCCUGGAGCUGGAACGCAAGAUCGAGUCGCUGAUGGACGAGAUCGAGUUCCUGAAGAAGCUGCACGAGGAGGAGCUGCGUGACCUGCAGGUGAGCGUUGAAAGCCAGCAGGUGCAGGUGGAGAUGGAGACGGUCAAGCCGGACCUGACGGCCGCGCUGCGUGACAUCCGCACCCAGUACGAGAGCAUCGCGGUGAAGAACCUGCAGGAGUCCGAGGAGUGGUACAAGUCCAAGUUUGCUGACCUGUCAGACGCGGCCAACCGGAACCACGAGGCGCUGCGCCAGGCCAAGCAGGAGAUGAACGAGUCCCGGAGGCAGAUCCAGAGCCUGACCUGCGAGGUGGAUGGGCUGAAGGGAACUAAUGAGGCGCUGCUGCGCCAGAUGCGGCAGCUGGAGGACCAGUACGGGGUGGAGGUCGGCAGCUACCAGGACACGGUGGGGCGGCUGGAGCAGGAGAUCCAGCACCUGAAGGAGGAGAUGGCGCGGCACCUGCGUGAGUACCAGGACCUGCUCAACGUCAAGAUGGCGCUGGACAUCGAGAUCGCCACCUACCGCAAGCUGCUGGAGGGCGAGGAGAACAGGAUCACGAUCCCCAUCCACUCGCUGGCCUCCCUCAGCAUGAAAACGUCAGUGCCUGAGCCGGAGCAGACCUUGGAGAGCCACACCAGGAAAAUGGUUCUGAUCAAAACCAUUGAGACCCGGAAUGGAGAGGUGGUGACUGAAUCGAGAAAGGAGCAGAGAAGUGAGCUGGACAAGUGAUGCCGGCACCAGGCCUCUGCCCUGGACCCAGGCGAUGGCGUGAAACUGCGAGACCCCUGCUGCAGCCCCCCACACCUGCUCCCAGCCGCACUGGCCUUAUUACUACUGAUACCUCUGCCACUCUGCCCAGUCCUCCCAGCCCACCUGCGCCUGGAGGGGGGAGCUCAGCCAUACCCACUCACAGCCCAGGGCAGGGGCUCCCACCGGGCUCCCCCAUCCCUUUGCCCCUCUCACCACAGGCCGUUUCCUCUGGCCCUCCCCUGUCCUAUGCCCUUGGAUCUGACCUAGCUGCUUUUCCUGCCCCGCCUCAGCCCCAGCUCUGCCUUGGGGGGUGGGGGUGAGGGAGUGACCUUCCCAGACUACAUGUGCUGACUGAGCUGGUAAAGCAGCAUCCUGGCUUCCCCUCCAGCUGCUGCCCGUGCUCUGCCCACACAAACCCCGAGCCCAGUCACCGAUCCAGUCCUGCUGCUCAAUCCCACCAUGAUUCCUGCUCCCAAGGUAGAGGCCCUGACCGAGUUUGGUACCGAAGAGGAGUCUGAUGCUGAAGCUGAUUCCAGAGAGGAACUGUCCUGGGUCUGAGAUCAGUCCUGAACUCUGGAGGGAUGCUACCUCCCACCAGCGGUUCUCAGGGCUGACAUGGUUCCUGAUGAGAGUACAAGGGUCAGUGCUGUACCAGAGACUCCUGUUUCUGAGUGUGAGACCAAUGUCUGACAUGGUGUCCAUUCCCAGUACGGGGUGAGGCCAGGCCCCCAAAUUCUGACACUUAUCAGGCCAGAAAGUGCAUUUUAGUACAGACACCAAUGGCUGGGACUACUGCCCACUGUUGGAUUUCUAGCCCGAGUGCGCUCAGCCUGGAUUCCUGCUCCCCAGGUAAAAUCCCAGUACAAAUGGCUGACGCUGAAGCAGUUCCUAGUCCUGGUACUGCCUUUUUCCAAUGCUGCUGAAUCUCUGUCUCGAUUCUCAUUUGUGCUGCUGAGUAGCAGCUGGGAGUGAUCCCUUUCCUAACAUUCUCACCAUUUUUAACACCCGGUACUGCUGCCUGCUCCUGACAUUGAUUUUGGCUUUGAUCCCAAAUCCCAGCCCUGAAAGGGAUAAGUGUGUCAGGUGCUGCACAACAGUGCUGAGUGAGACAAGGGGGGGGUGAGCUAAUACCUGGUAUGAGACCAACUUCUGUGGGUGAAAGAGACAAGCAGUUGGUCCAAGAAAAGAGAUUAGCUCCUCCACCUUGUGUCUAGUAUCCUGGGCCCACCCGGGCUGCAACGGACAAUAGUGACGGUCCAGUGCAGUCCCUGAGGGUGAAUCCUUCCCUAAGGAGCUCUGCUGGGGCACUGAGGCUCAGUUCUCAUUUUGAGGCGGAUCCCUGCCCAUCUGAUAGCGUGCCUCUCUUUGAUUUCAGACACGUUUUUUCAGUUCUCCUGCUCUGACAUGGGAGAGUUUCUUCUCACCAUUCUCAGCACUGGCUCCAGGGGUGGCUCUAGGCAUUUUGCCACCCCAAGCACGGCAGGCAGGCUGCCUUCGGCGGCAUGCGAGCGGGAGG